GGAAGACUGUUUCUUACAUUGGUGGUCAGCGGGAAGAAUGCCCCCUACAUUGGUGAUCAGCGGGAAGACUGUUUCUUACAUUGGUGGUCAUUGGGAAGAAUGCUCUUUACAUUGGUGGUCAGUGGGAAGAAUGUUUCUUACAUUGGUGGUCAUUGGGAAGAAUGCUCUUUACAUUGGGGGUCAGUGGGAAGAAUGCGCUUUACAUUGGUGGUCAUUGGGAAGAAUGCUCUUUACAUUGGUGGUCAGUGGGAGGACUGUUUCUUAUAUUGGUGGUCAGCGGGAAGAAUGCCCCCUACAUUGGUGAUCAGUGGGAAGACUGUUUCUUACAUUGGUGGCCAUUGGGAAGAAUGCUCUUUACAUUGGUGUUCAGUGGGAAGAAUGCUCUUUACAUUGGUGGUCAGUGGGAAGACUGUUUCUUACAUUGGUGGUCAGUGG